AUGAUGUUUCGUUUGUUCUUGGUUCCAUUUAUCUUUCUCUUGGUUGGGUUGGUAGUACAAGAAACCAAUGGUCAAUAUUACAAGAAAGUUGGAAAUAAAAUAUUUCCAUUCUCCACAAUAGUGGUUGAUCAAUCAGGAAAUGGACACUUUUCUACCAUUCAAUCUGCUAUUGAUUCAAUCCCAUUUUACAACACAAAUUGGGUUGCCAUUAGAGUCAAGGCUGGUAUCUAUAGAGAAAAAGUUGUGAUCCCACAGAACAAAUCCUACAUUAUAUUGAAGGGGGCUGGGAAAAGAAAAACAAUUGUCGAGUGGUAUGAUCCCGAUGGACCUGAAAGAAGUCCAACCUUUUCAAUAUUGGCAGACAAUAUUCAUGUUAGAUGUAUGAGUUUUAGGAACUCAUACAACAAUCCUAUAAAUGGAAAUCGAAAGUUACGUGCUGUAGCUACAACUGUUAGUGGUGACAAGGUUAAUUUUUUCAGAGUUGCUUUUUAUGGCUAUCAAGACACACUGUAUGAUGCAAAUGGAAGACACUACUACAAACUUUGUACCAUACAAGGUGCUGUAGAUUUUAUCUUUGGUGCUGGCCAAUCUUUGUUUGAGAGGUGUUCCAUAUCAGUUAUUGGGGGUGGAUUUAUAACAGCACAAGGUAGAGAGAGCCCAAAUGAUACAAAUGGAUUUGUAUUUAAAGAUUGUCAUAUCUUUGGAAAUGCAAAUACUUACUUAGGGAGGCCAUGGAGACCUUAUGCAAGAGUGCUUUUUUACAAGACUAAUAUGACCAAAAUUGUAGAACCUAGUGGUUGGGAUUCAUGGAGUCCUGAUGGUCGUGAGGAUCUAAGUACAUAUGCUGAGUAUGGCAAUUUUGGACCAGGUGCUGAUACAUCCAAGAGAGUAAGUUGGGCCAAGAAAUUGGAUUUAUCAACUGUUGAAAAUAUGGCAAAUUUGAAUUUCAUCAACACACCAGAAGAAUGGAUCAAUUAUCAACCAUUCUAA